AUGUCCCUUUCCAAAGAAUACUCCAAAGAACAGCUUAAUUACUUCAGAAUUUGUUAUGCAACAACUGAUAUUCUCACCGAAGGCCUGAGAGAAAUCUUUAAACAAGAAUGGGACAAACAGCACAAAUUAACAAAAGGAGAAUGGAAAGACGAGCCUCGAAAUGGAAUGGACUUUUUUAACGGAGAGUCUGCUCGAAACCAAAGAAGAAAUGCUCAUCUUUUAGCCACAAUGCAAAACGGAAACAGAGAAGAAUGGGAUUGUACAAUGCUUUUCUACGCCAUUCUUUUCUCCGAUUGUGUUGGGCCCAGUCUUAGCGCAACUGUGAGGAUGAAUGUGGAUGAUCUUCGAAAUUUCAGGAACGAAGAAUUUGCUCAUAUGAAACAAGGUAGUCUCUCCGACACAGAAUUUCAGAAGGCUAUUAGCAAAGUUGAGGUGGCAUUUCAAGGGCUUUGUCUUCACACUGUAAAAAUUCAGGAUUUAAAAAAUCAGAAAACGUUUCCGACAGAAGAAUUGCAACAGAUCUUUAAAAAGGUUGAUGACCUUAAACAAGAAGUUCGAGAAAAAGAGGAUCAACGCCAGGUCCUUGAAGAUCAGCUUCAGAAAGAAACGCCCUCAUUUUGUGUUCUCCCUCCUAAACCUUCACAUGAUAUCGGUGGUCGUGAACGCGAAGUGUCAGAAAUAGCCGAGCAUCUGAGGGAGCUAAAAGAGUCCAGUGACAACAAGCUGAGUUGUCUGUACAUCUCAGGGAAUCCUGGAAGUGGCAAAUCACAGUUAGCUGGCCUCGUGGCUAAGAGGUACUUUGACGAGAUUAAGGAAAUACCAGGCAGUUCUUCAUUUGUGAUGACCUUAAAUGCAGCUAGUCCAGAUUCACUCUUGGAGUCAUAUGUCUCAUUUGCUCGCCAUUUAAAGUGUCCGGACUAUUCGGUUAUGGAAAUCCUCAGCUCCAAAGACUGGAAAGUAGAGGAAAAGAUCACUUAUCUUAAGAUGCUUAUUGCUGUCAAAAUUAGCUGUUAUACGUCUUGGCUUCUGGUUGUUGACAAUGUCAGCACCAUGUCCUCUGUGCAUGUCCAUUUACCAGAGGCUGGAAUCCACACUUGGGCAAGGGGUCAGAUGCUGAUUACAACUCAAGACAUUAAGUCAAUUCCCCCAAAAGGCUCUUGUGUUAAUCACAUCUCAGCAAGCAAAGGUAUGGAGCCCGACGAUGCCUGUCCCUUAUUGGCCAAGUUAUCUGGAAUAAAAGAUAGUGAGUUAUUGAGAAAAGUGGCACAAAAACUAGACUAUCAACCUCUUGCUUUAGCAGGCGCUGCCGUCUUUGUCAAAGGGAUACGACAAGACAAAGCAUCGAAGCAUUUUGGCUGGAACGAAUACCUGAAGAUGUUAGAAAAAGGCAAACGAAAAGCUACGGAGGAUACACUCGCAUGUACAAACCCAGUUUACCCACACUCAAUGACACAAGCAAUUACGCUAGCCGUCGAACGACUGAUGAGUUCCGACGAGAUUGUGAAACACCUUUUCACCCUGCUUUCCCUCUGCGCACCAAAAGAAUUAAACGUGGACGUAGCAAUUAAUUAUAUCAUUAACGUACUCAAAGACUAUCAUGAAGAGGACAAGGAACUAAUACGCAUGAAGUUAAGGAAUUGCUCACUUUUCCUUUUCGAAGAUGACCAAGGUGGCUACUUCAUUCGUGUGCACCAGGUUGUGCAUGAUGCUAUCAAAAUUAUGAUGAGUAAUUGUCCAGAGAGUCAAACCCCUCAAGUCGUAAAUGCCGUUAUUACAUCAUUUGACGAAUUUAUAAACGAUAUUCCACAAUUAAAUAGGAGACUGGACACCAUGCGUCUCGUUCCACAUUUAAAGGCCAUGACUGUGGUAACCGACGAACUCUUUGCAAAAGCAAAUUUUCUGCAAGUUCACGAUAAAGACAUUUCACAAAAAUAUGAAAACCUUGCGCAUAUUUGUAAAAUGCAUUGUGAAUAUAACGUGGCGAAAACAUACUUUGCCCAUUCACUCACCAUAAAACUUGAAAAGCUCGGUCCUGAACAUGUUGAUGUUGCAAGAAGCUACAAUAACCUGGCUUCAAGUUACAAGGACCUAGGUGACCUCGAGAAAGCAAAGGAGUAUCAGCAACGCGCUCUAGCGAUUACACUCGACAAGCUCGACCCUGAACAUGUUCAUGUUGCAACAAGCUACAAUAACUUGGCUUUAAUUUACCAGGGCCUAGGUGACCUGCAGCAAGCCAAAGAGUAUCAGCAGCGUGCUCUAGCGAUUAGGCUGAACAAGCUCGGCCCUGAACAUGUUGAUGUUGCAACAAGCUACCAUAACUUGGCUUUAAUUCACAUGGGCCUAGGUGACCUGAGGCAAGCCAAGGAGUAUCAGCAACGUGCUCUGGCGAUUACACUGCACGAGCUCGGCCCUGAACAUGUUGAUGUUGCAAGAAGCUACGGUAACUUGGCUCUAAUUUACCAGAGCCUAGGUGACCUGGAGCAAGCCAAGGAGUAUCAGCAACGUGCUCUAGCGAUUACACUGGACACGCUCAGCCCAGAACAUGUUGAUGUUGCAACAAGGUACAAUAACUUGGCUUCAAUUUACGACGACCUAGGUGACCUCGAGCAAGCCAAGGAGUAUCAGGAACGUGCUCUAGCGAUUGCACUGGACAAGCUCGGCCAUGACCAUGUUUAUGUUGCAACAAGUUACAAUAACUUGGCUUCAAUUUUCAUCAGCCUAGGUGACCUCGAGAAAGCAAAGGAGUAUCAGGAACGCGCUCUAGCGAUUAGACUGGACAAGUUCGGCCCUGAACAUGUUGAUGUUGCAACAAGCUACAAUAACUUGGCUUCAAUUUACAUCGGCCUAGGUGACCUCGAGAAAGCAAAGGAGUAUCAGCAACGCGCUCUAGCGAUUAGACUGGACAAGCUCGGCCCUGAACAUGUUGAUCUUUCAACAAGCUAUAAUAACUUGGCUUUAAUUUACCAGGGCCAAGGUGACCUCGAGCAAGCCAAGAAGUAUCAGCAACGUGCUCUAGCGAUUACGCUGGAGAAGCUCGGCCCUGAACAUGUUCAUGUUGCAAGAAGCUACAAUAACUUGGCCUCAAUUUACAAUGGCCUAGGUGAUUUCGAGCAAGCCAAGUUGUAUCAGCAACGUGCUCUAGUGAUUAAACUGGAGAAGCUCGGUCCUGAACAUGCUGAUGUUGCAAGAAGCUACAAUAACUUGGCUUCAAUUUACAUCGGCCUAGGUGACCUCGAGCAAGCCAAGGAGUACCAGCAACUUGCUUUAGCGAUUAGACUGGACAAGCCCGGCCCUGAACAUGUUGAUGUUGCAACAAGCUACAAUAACUUGGCUUCAAUUUACAAUGCCCUAGGUGACCUUGAACAAGCCAAGGAGUAUCAGCAACGUGCUCUAGCAAUUAGACUGGACAAGUUUGGCCCUGAACAUGUUGAUGUUGCAACAAGCUACAAUAACUUGGCUUCAAUUUACAUCGGCCUAGGUGACCUCGAGAAAGCAAAGGAGUAUCAGCAACGCGCUCUAGCGAUUAGACUGGACAAGCUCGGCCCUGAACAUGUUGAUCUUUCAACAAGCUAUAAUAACUUGGCUUUAAUUUACCAGGGUCAAGGUGACCUCGAGCAAGCCAAGAAGUAUCAGCAACGUGCUCUAGCGAUUACGCUGGAGAAGCUCGGUCCUGAACAUGUUGAUGUUGCAAGAAGCUACUAUAACUUGGCUUCAAUUUACAAUGGCUUAGGUGACCUCGAGCAAGCCAAGGAGUUUCAGCAACGUGCUCUAGCGAUUAGACUGGACAAGCUUGGCCCUGAACAUGUUGAUGUUGCAAGAAGCUACAAUAACUUGGCUUCAAUUUACAACGGCCUAGGUGACCUCGAGCAAGCCAAGGAGUAUCAGCAACGUGCUCUAGCGAUUAGACUGGACAAGCUCGGCCCUGAGCAUGUUGAUGUUGCAGAAACCUACAAUAACUUGGCUUCAAUUUACUGGGGCCUAGGUGACCUCGAGCAAGCCAAGGAGUAUCAGCAACGCGCUCUAUCGAUUGCACUGGACAAGCUUGGCCCUGAACAUGUUGAUGUUGCAACAAGCUACAAUAACUUGGCUUUUAUUUACGGUAGCCUAGGUAGCCUAGAACAAGCCAAGGAGUAUCAGCAACGUGCUCUAGCGAUUAGGCUGGACAAGCUUGGCCCUGAACAUGCGCACGUUGCAAGAAGCUUGAAUAACUUGGCUUUAAUUUACCAGGACCUCGGUGACCUCGAGCAAGCCAAAGAGUAUCAGCAACGUGCCCUAGCGAUUAGACUGGGUAAGCUAAGCCCUGAACAUGUUGCUGUUGCAACAAGCGACAAUAACUUAAGCAACGACUACAGAGACGGCAACGAGAACGGCAAAAGAGCAUAAGUUUAUUUUAAUUAGCAAAGCAAUAGCUUUGCAGGUGCAUCACGCUCUGUUUGCACAUUUCUUAGCCGUCGCUGGAUAACUACGACGUUAAAUUCCCUUAUUUCACAUGUUUUGUUGAGGACGGGAACACAAGAGAACAACUUUCUUUUCUUUUCCUGAACUUUGAUACGUAUCAGCAACGCUGAUUGGCUGUUGGAACAAUGCCACACGAUCUGAUUGGCUGUUGGAUUCAACGAAAGUUGAAAGCGCUUAUUCCUCGCGUGGUUGUUUUCGCGAAUGAUCGGCCGUCGGCGGAGAGAAGGAUCGAUUUUACUGUCUUUUUUUUUCUUUAAUGGUCUUAUAGUAGGUAAAUAUACCUUAAUAUGUGCCAUGGAAAUUCAGAAAAUUCAGAUGGUUGUUCAUAUCUUCUCAGGAUUUGCUUCAUUCACGGAACUAAUGUGAGUGUAUCGCAGGGUUGAAUCUCUCUGCAAGUCGUUGACCGCGAACAAUGUGUAGAAUGUCCCUUUUGAUUUACCAACAAACGAGUGCAAAUCAAAAGACUGUUUAUCUUAAAACUGGUUCAUUUGAAAGUUUAGCCGGGAAUGACUUCUCUGAACGGGGUACGUAAGCGGAGGCUCACUGCGAAAGAAACCUCAAUCGCCAACUGUGAAGUAUUAGACGAAAAAUAUCGCAUCGCUGUUCUAGGAAUUUUUUGUAGGCAUUAUUAUAAGCUAGUGGCGCUAUUCUUAAGGUAACAGAUUUGUUGUUUGCCUUUGCUUUUUGUAGAAAAUUCACCAGGAAAACUGGUGUCCACGCUCUUUGGCUGUUUGCUGUUUGUUAAUUUUUUUUUGAUGAAUUUAGCGAGCUUUUCAGACCUGCGGUAAAACAAAACACAACUAAAGAGAACUACAAAGUGUGUUUGUAAUAUUGUUUUAGUUUUGUUUAUAGGUCAGUUCAGCAUGCAGUUUUAGUAGUGUCUUUUCGUCUCUCCAAAUUGGCAAGAUAAUAUUUUCCUGGAUUUAUAAAAAAUAUAUUUAUUUUAGACGUUUCUUUCUCUAGUAAAUUCGUAAAUUGCAAGUGUACUCACGGGACUAAAUCAGCUAAAUUAAACGCACUUGAGAAUUCGUUUGGUUUGUUCUGAGAUAAUUUAUAUAUCCUUUGAAAAAGUUCGCGAUUUAUUUCUCCGAGAUUUUUAAAGAUUUAUGUACUGAAAAUCGGGCAAGAUUGCCGAGGAAAAUAUAAGGCAACAGAAAAAUAGAAAUUUCAGUAUUUUAAGAGGGUGCGAAUGGGGUUAACAGGUAACUGAUAUUUGGCCAAAAAAACAGUAGUUAACUGAUAAUUAGCCAAAAAAAUAGUAGUUAACUGAUAAAUGAAAAGUUAACAGUUAAGUGAUAUUAUAUUUUUGUUAAUGAAAGCAACAAAGUUUUCUAAACAGAAAUGCUAUUUUCUGGCAUUUUUCUGUCCCGCUGAUGACCCGGUGGCACAUUAACUGAUAUUACUAUGUGCAAAAGGCACCAGGGCAGUACUCGACAAACAGAAAGCGUCAGUCAAAGAGCUGGUUGUAGACAACUCAAUGAAUAAUUGGUCUUCUAAUAUUAGCAAGAUUUCUGUGUUCGGAAAAGGAAAAUACUGUUUUCCCGGACCCAAAAGAUCGUCAAGUUAAACAUUACUACCCAAAUAAAAAAAUUGUGACUCUUAGCAUUGGAUCUGGCCAAAAAGAGUUUCUGAGGGUUCAAAGAAAUCGGCAAUCUUUCUUUUAAGUACAUGGAAUUUGCUCUUUCGAGAAAUCAUUUUUGGAACCAUGAUGUUGAAGUUUUAACUCAGUAUAAAUGAGACUUUUUUAAUAGAAAGGCCGGUUUAAACACGAGCUUAAAAGCUAGUGUUUAAACCUGUCUUUCCGAAACAGUUUCGGCAGUUUCAUUUGUUAAAAGCCUUGGAUAUCUUUAUGAGGCUUUUGAAAUACGCGAGAAAGGAACGUCUUCGAAAAAGGUAACAUCGAGGGACGAGAAAACGGAUGUCGACAAAAUCUGUGUCGAGGUACAAAAAACUUCUGACAACGCAGGUGGAAAACCUACACGUGGUUUCUCACUUCAACACAAAACAUUUAGUGCUUUGCACUACGCCCAAGAGCUUUAGAACCACAGUAAAGGAAUCUCUUAAAAGAACUACGAGUUCGAAGUGGGCUACACUCACGAAAGGUCGAAUUGUCAGGCGUGUCAAAUACUUUCAUGCCUUUGUCAGCACUCUCAAUUAUGUCUCUCCCAUCGGUGCAAACGGUGAUUGAAUUCACCUAUUGAAUUCCAAAAAUAAUGGUUCAGUUUUGUUAUUUAAGACUAUAUUUUGGCAUUGAUAAUGUCUGUCGUCGUCUUUUGCAAUGGAUUGCAAGGAUUAAAAAUGGAUUGAAACUCAGGAAGCAAAAUACAGUACAUAGAGCAACCAGAUAAGUACAAGACUGAUUCGAUCAGACAAUGAAAGUGCCGAAGAAGGUGACUUUGAAGUAGUUUAUGGCAGGACAUGCAUGACCAUGUCGGAAAUAUCAGUACGAGAUCAUGACUGGUGCGUGUGGAUUUAUGAGGGUGGUGUCAUACGACUUAUAUUUUCAGUUACUAAUAAAUUGUACAGUCAAACCUCUUUAAUUCGGACACCACAGGGACAGAACCAAUUGCCCGGUUUACAGAGGUGUCCGUAUUAUAGAGGUAGGGAAUGUAUGAUUGUUGACAUUUCUGGGACCAAACGAACCGUCCGUAAUACAGAGGUGUCCGUAAGGAGAGGUUAGACUGUUCUAGUGGCAGCGUUCAUGCAAAUUUAUACCUUGAUUUUAGUAGGGUCUACCCCCAAAAGUGAUUGACUUGCUGAAAGAAGAAAAAUUCGGGUUUUGACGGAAUAAUAUUCCCUGUACGAAAGUGAAAGUUAAUAGCUAACCAAAAUUAGUAGUUAACUGGGAAUUGGCCAAAAUAAUAGUAGUUAACUGAUAUUUGGCUGAGAAAAUAGUAGUUAACUGAGAUUUGGGUACCCCCAUUAGCACCCUCUUUUUUAAAAAUUCGAGCGUGCCUGGCCAAAAUAUUAGAACUAGAACAUCUUGUCGCCUUCUUUUCGAAAACUUUUUACCUUCUUCGCCAAAAGAAAUAACCUUCGAGAUCUCCUUUAAUCUCGUAAGAAGUUAAAUGUGAUUGUCAGACUGUUUUAUUUUUAGUUUAAAAAAUUAUAAGGUAAGAGCUAUUGUUUAAGUCAGCGGGUCUGCAUUUUUGCAUACUAAAAACAAGCAACGGAAGUAAUUUUGGUUGGCUGAUUCAGCAAAUGUCAAUCAAUCAAAAAAGUGGGCGGCAGACAUUUCGUAGAAGGUUUGUAUCAGGCUCUCUUUUCGUCUCGCCUUGCCCGCCGGAAUGUUAUUUACAAAGCGAGACGAAAAUUGAGCCUGAUCUCAGGUUAGGACCUAGGUGACCUCGAGCAAGCCAAGGAGUAUCAGCAACUUGCCUUAGCGAUUAGACUGGACAAGCUUGGCCCUGAACAUGUGCACGUUGCAUGA